GGUGGGGAUUAGGGACGAAUUAGGAUUGGGGUUGCAUUUUUUGUGCAUUUCGAUUUGUCCUCUGUGCUAUUGCGAUGAAAUGACCAUUUUGAUGUUAUAGCCAAGCCAAGCUAAGAAUAUUGAUAUUAAACUAAAUAUGAAAAUUGACAAUAUUGUCUACUUCUGAAUCUAGGUUUUGAUAUUCUACCUCAUCUGUUUGCCUUUGAUUUUAUUUUUAAAGUCAAAUUGUAAGGAAGAUUGUGUAGGUCUUUAAGUGCAUCAAGUGUAGUCUCGGAGGGGCGGCGGUCGGGCAUGUCGAGUCUUCAGGAGGAGGAGUCCGGCUCAAACAAGGACUGUCUGGCGUGCCGGCUGAGCAGCGGAGGCGUCAUCAGCCUGGCCUCGCUGUACGUGGCCUACCAGGGCCUGAAGCGGCCGCGGCCCGUCGAGCGCUCCCUGAUGAUGGCUGCCGCCGGAGUGAUUUGCGGACUUGGAGUGGCGAGAAUGCUGGACCUCCCUCCGUUUGGCCAGAAGAAGCGUCAAUAGUCAAUCUUAAGCAGUAACAAACACUGACAGCUGUGGUGUUCAGCCAUGAAGUCCCUGGAGGCCUACAUAGUAGAGGACCACAACGAGGCGCUGGAGUGGAUCUACCGUGAGAUCGGCGCCAAGCGGCUGCCGGUGCACGGCUCCACACUGCUCCACUUCGACUCUCACCCGGACCUGCUGCUGCCUACCGACCUCGGCGCCGAAGAAGCCACCUGCCGGGAGGCCCUGCUGCCGCGGCUCAGUAUCGGCGACUGGAUCCUGCCGGCCGUAUUCGCCGGCCACCUGGGGGACGUGCUGUGGGUACGGCCGCCGUGGGCGCCCCAGCUUCCCGAGGGCGAGCUGCGCUGUACCAUCGGGGAGACAGCCGACGGCCUGGUGCGGCUCGACUGCCGCCACCCGUACUUUGUCUCAGAGCUGCUCUACGCGCCCGCAGAGGAGCUGAGAAACACUCGGACGUUCAGUAUAGUGGUGGUGACGCUAGGUGAGGACACGAGCACGGCCAAAGCGGUGGCUGAGCUGGCGCCACGACUCCGCGAUACACCGUACAUCCUUGAUAUCGAUCUGGACUUCUUUUCCACGCACGACCCGUUCCGUGCCAUGCUACCGAAGGCCGAUAUGCACGGACGCUUACAAAAACUAUUCGCGUUCGAGGUGAGCGACGACGUCACGUCGGCGCAGGAGUCCCGGCGGGCGCUCCUCACCGAGGCGAAGGCGGUGUUUGACCAUCUGGACCGGGUCGGCAGUCUGGAGGGGUUCACCGGGCCGUCGCCAGAGACAGAGCUGAUGCAUGGUCUGCGGGAGCUGGCGGCGGCCGUGGGGGAGCACUACACACACGAGGAGGUGGACUGGCAGCUGGUGUACGACGCGGCGUGCACGUUCGACACGUGCGGUCUGCCGCAUCACGUGUCUACCGACCAGCAGGUGGAGAGCUCCGUGGAACAGGUCACAGAGUUCCUGUCGGCGCUGCCGGAGCCGGGCUGUGUGACGAUCGCCCGGUCCAGUCUGGACGAUUUCUGCCCGCCGGACCAAGUAGAGGACAUCCAGCAGAGCAUGCUCGACCGACUGACCUCGCUCUACCCCAGACUCAGGGUGAACGUGAAGUAUGAAUUGGACGACGAGCCAGACCCAGGCGGUGAAGCGUCGUAGGGUUCAGGGAACUCGCCACAUUGGGAUGUGAUGUGAUGGGUUUAGGUGCUGUGAUAGCGCGCGAGUGGGUUUUGUAUGGUCCGAUUUAUACGCGUCCGCUUUGUCAGUCAUUGGCAUGGACUGUAUUUACCUGAAUAAAUGUAACCUCUAUUGUGAA